GUACCUUGUUUUUGCCCUUGAACAGUGUUAAAACAAACUUACACUUCACCAAUGCCGUCGGAAGGUCCCACAGAGUUUGAGCUACUCAAUGAGAAGAUCAAUAUCAAUACUCUCCCAAUCUACACCAGAUCACAAUUAGCUUUGUACAAUGGUGUAGACAACCCCAAGAUCUAUGUUGCAAUCCGAGGCUACAUCUAUGACGUUUCUAACAACACGAAAAACUAUGGGCCAGGGAAGGGCUAUCACAAACUUGUAGGGAAGGACGUAUCACGACUUCUUGGACUUAAUCGAUUACAACUUAAGGUCCCCGACCAGAAGGAACAAGUUCUGCUUCUGCUGCCACCACAAGGUCUUGAAUUCACCACUUGGUAUACCGAAGAUUUGAACGAGAAACAAAAUCUGAUCAUUGAUAAAUGGUGUAUAUUUUUCCGGAAGCGGUAUGAAAUCGUGGGGAUUGUUGUUGAUCAUGAACAGAGUUAAUUAGUGGCGAGUUUUUGUGGGAGUGGGAAAGUAUUCAAAGAAUACAAAAGAGGGUUAGAUGAUCUACAAUGUCACGGGAGCUCUAUGAAGCCGCGCUAAGAGGCUGAAUAGAAUCAGGUAAUUUUAUAAAAUAACUAUUUUGGUAGUUA